UUCGUCGCUGGGCUUCAUGCUGCUUCUUGGAACAACCUACUCUUUUUCUUAGCCUUCACCGGGUGGUUUUUUGUGCCGUUUCUUGCCCUUCAUUCCUGGAUCUUCUAUCUAUGCGAUGGUUGUCUGCAAAUGCCGCAAGGCAACCAGGCUUUAUUGCUUUGUUCACAAAGUUCCAGUUUGUGGAGAGUGCAUAUGUUUCUCAGAACAUCAAAUCUGUGUGGUGAAAAAAUACUCAGAUUGGGUCGUUGAUGGAGAAUAUGACUGGCCACCCACAUGCUCUUUCUGCAAUAUUGCAUUGGAAGAAGGAAGGGAUCAAACUACAAGAUUGGGUUGCUUGCAUCUUAUGCACACAAAUUGCUUGGUCUCACAUGUUAAAGGCUACCCACCUCAAACUGCACCUGCAGGAUAUGUCUGCCCUACUUGUUCUACUCCUGUGUGGCCGCCUAUAAGCAUCAAAGAUACAGGGUCUCACCUACACUUGAAGCUUAAAGAAGCAAUAAUUCAGAGUGGUCUGGAGAAAAAUGUAUUUGGAAAUCAUAUAGUUCCACCUCCUGCAUCUGGGAAUCAUGGUCCUCCUGCUUUUGCUUCUGAUUCCCUGAUACACAUUUCACCGGCUGAAGACACAGAAGGUGGAGCAUCUUCAUUUAACUCUGAUAAAGAUUCAAGACCAAUAUCUGUACAAGCCACAGACGCUAAGUACCUAGAUGAAGUAUAUAACUCCAUUGUUGGGGUGGGUUCUUCUAUGGUUACAGAAUCUGAAAUUGUUGAACUUGAAGGUCCUAAUGCUUUGGAACACCAAAUCAUGAAAGAUCAAGAUCCUCAUUUCAUGAAAACUCCUAGUGCCGCUACAAGGAAGCCAACUUACCAUGAGAGAAAGUAUUCUGAAACAUCAUAUUAUGCGGAUGAUGAAGAUGGAACAAACAAAAAGUACACAAGAAGAGGUCCCAUUCGUAACAAGUUUCUAAGGAUGUUACUGCCUUUCUGGUCAAAUGCACUGCCUACUCUUCCAGUAACUGCCCCACCACGUAAUGGUGUACCAGAAGGAAAAGUACAUCACCAAAAAUCUUCAAGGAUGGACCCCAGGAAAAUAUUACUCGUCAUGGCAAUCAUGGCAUGCAUGGCAACGAUGGGAAUGUUAUACUAUAGAUUGGCACAGCGAAGUCUAGGUGAAAACAUACCAGAAGAUGAGCUCCAGUAGGUACUGUAACACUUUUUGGGCCAUGGCUUACAAGGUCAUGCUUUGUAGUGUGCAAGCUUAUCUGUUCACGGCCCAUUUUUCUGGGUGUUUUGUUGUCUUGUUCGUUUGGUACGACAAUCGAUUGAACGAACCAUUUGCAUCACAGCUGGUCUGAAUUUAUCUGCGUGUGUGAAUUUGCAUGCUCCUGCUAGAUUUGAUGAUGUUGAUUUUUCUUCAUACAAACUUAGAGCCCAUCUUAUGUCUGUAAAGAGGUCGUUUCAUUGGAAAACCUGAUACUGAAGUUAUGAAGACCAGCCAAGAAAAAAAAGAAGUUAAAAGUGAAAACACAUCAUCGCUGUGACAAUUUAUAGUGAACACUAUGCGAUAAUGUGACGCUUGGUACGCUAAUGAACAUAACUUUUGAUUUAAUCUGAAUCUGAGCCUUGCAAAAAAUGUUGCGGGGUCCAAAUGCUACAUUGGCCAACUGUUUUGUUUAGCACCCACAGGCGGCGUGAAGUAUAUCCAGUGCAUGACGGAUUUUGUUGGGUUUAUCAA